CUCAGAAAUCAAAAUCCUCUGAUUCGCUCCACAUUUGAUCAGUUCUCUUAAUCUGGGGAAAAUAUCAGAAGUGCAGGAGGCGGUAGAAUGAGGCAAAGUGGAUGUUACUCCUCGGAUCUGAAAGUCACUCCCUCCAUUGAGAAGCCCCACCGAGGACGCAUGCGCAGGACGACAGUUCCUUCUCACCCCAAAACCCUGGCUGGCUAUUUCUCCUCACUUCCGCAAGAUGACCCAAGAUGGCGGGGCCCGUCAUUGAAAACCAGAUUCAAGAUGGCGGCUUCCGGUGUCCGGAGGCUGCACGGCGGCGUGUCGGCCCGGGCGGGCAGCCUGUGGCGACUCCAGCAAGGGCUGGCUGCCAACCCUUCGGGAUACGGACCCCUCACGGAGCUCCCGGAUUGGUCUUUCGCAGAUGGCCGCCCUGCUCCUCCAAUGAAAGGCCAGCUUCGAAGAAAAGCCCAAAGAGAGAAGUUUGCAAGACGAGUUGUAUUGCUGUCACAGGAAAUGGAUGCAGGAUUACAGGCAUGGCACCUGAGGCAGCAAGAGAAGUUACAGGAAGAAGAAAAGAAGCAGAAAAAUGCUCUUAAAGCCAAAGGAGCUUCACUGCAGGGUCCACUUCCCAGAUCAAUAAAAAACAACUCGUGACACUUU